AUGGCUGAGUCUCGCUUCCACGCCUCCUCCACUAAGGCUGCCAUUGGUGCCGAGAACGAGUUCGCUGCCCACAACUACCACCCUCUCCCUGUCGUCUUUGCCAAGGCUCAGGGUAUCAAUGUUUGGGAUCCUGAGGGCCGCGAGUACAUGGAUUUCCUAUCCGCGUACAGCGCCGUCAACCAAGGCCACUGUCAUCCUGAGCUUGUCAAGGCUCUCACCGAGCAGGCUUCGCGCCUAACAUUGAGUUCGCGCGCUUUCCACAACGACGUCUUCCCCAAGUGGGCCGAAAAGGUCCGCAAAGUCUUUGGCUACGAUAUGGUGCUGCCCAUGAACACUGGCGCCGAAGCCACCGAAACGGCCGUCAAGAUUGCCCGCAAGUGGGCAUACAAGGUCAAGGGCGUCGAUAAGGGCAAGGCUCUCGUCUUUGCCGUUGCCGAAAACUUCCACGGCCGCACCAUGGCUGCCGUUACUUUGUCAACCGACCCCGAAUCCAAGGACAACUAUGGCCCUUACAUUCCCAAUAUUGGUGCCACAUCUCCCUCCACCGGCAAGGCCAUCCGAUACAACAAUGUUGCCGACAUUGAAGAGGUUCUCAAUGACCACGGCAAAGACACUGCUGCCUUCAUUAUUGAGCCCAUUCAAGGCGAGGCGGGCGUCAUGGUUCCCGACGAGGACUACCUGGCCAAGGUGCAAGCGCUCUGCACCAAGCACAAUGUGCUUCUCAUUGCCGACGAAAUCCAGACUGGUAUUGGCCGCACCGGUAAGAUGCUUUGCUCCGAGUGGGCUGGUGUCAAGCCCGACAUGGUCACCCUCGGCAAGGCCAUCUCAGGUGGCAUGUAUCCUGUCAGUGCCGUCCUCGCCAGCAAGGAGGUCAUGAUGGUCGUCGAGCCCGGCACUCACGGCUCCACCUACGGUGGCAACCCUCUUGGCUGUGCCGUAUCGAUUCGCGCCUUGGAGCUGAUUGAAGAGGAGAACAUGAUUGAGAAUGCUCAGCGCCUGGGUGAGAUCUUCCGCCAGGGUCUCAUUGACCUCAAGUCACCCAUUCUCAAGACGGUCCGCGGCAAGGGUCUUCUCAAUGCUUGCGUGAUUGACGAGUCUGCCACUAAUGGCCGCUCUGCUUGGGAUCUGUGCAUGUUACUCAAGGAAAAAGGCCUGCUGGCCAAGCCCACACACGGCGACAUCAUUCGCUUUGCUCCCCCGAUGGUCAUCACGGAGGAAGAGCUACGCAAGGGCGUCAGCAUCAUUGCUGAGGCUCUCGAGGAGCUUCCCAAUGCUCCGAAGGCUGAUCACUAA